GUGGCUUUCUCAAAUAAUAAAAGACAAGUUGUCGUGUGAUUCAUAGCUGUGUAAUACAAUAAAUAAGUAUUAUAAACAAUUUAUUAUCGUUCCCAUUAAAGCUAAUCUGAAAAACCGAACAAUAUUUAAAACGAAAUUGUGAUCAUAUUAUUUUAAUGCAAAAUGGGCUUGUGUAAGUGUCCGAAACGAGUAGUAACAACUCAGUUUUGUUUUGAACAUCGUGUCAAUGUUUGCGAACAUUGCAUGGUUACUAAUCAUCCAAAGUGUAUAGUACAAUCAUAUCUUUUAUGGCUUCAUGAUCACGACUACAGUCCAGUUUGUAUACUAUGUUCUGGAAAUUUAAGCGAUGGAGAUUGUGUACGAUUAACUUGUUAUCAUAUGUAUCACUGGGCAUGUCUCGACAGAUAUGCUAGAGAAUUACCAGCGACAACAGCACCAGCCGGUUAUACCUGUCCGUCUUGUAAAGCAUGCAUUUUUCCACAACCAAAAUUAGUAUCUCCAGUAGCAGAUGUUUUAAGAGAAAAAUUAGCAGGUGUUAAUUGGGCACGAGCUGGUCUUGGCUUACCACUGCUCAGUGAGGACAGAGAACAAAAACCAGAACCAGAACAUGUUACAUCAGCUUUGGAAACGUACUCCUAUCACAAUCAUAUCAUGACAACUUCUGCACCAACCGUAGCUACAUCCCGUACUAAUAGUAACGUUAGUUCAGUCAAUUCCAAUAUUAAUAAUGAUCACUUAAUGAAUCAAAAAGUUGGUCCACCAUAUUCUAUAGUAAAUAUCGAAACAUCAAUGUCUCUGACUAAUCAAAUGUCUAAAAAAGUAUGCGAAGCUUAUGAUGAUCCUAAAGACAUGACCUUUGAUCAUGAUGAAAAUAAAUAUCAAAGGAAGUCAGCUAUCGAGUGGUUUUUAAGGUGGUGGAAAUUAAUUUCAAGGCAACCUGUAAGACGAAGGGGUCAGACUAGUGGUUCCAUGCAAAAAAGAUAUCUUUUGAUUACUUUUGCUGGUAUAGUAAUGUUCUGUAUCAUUCUCAUCCUUCUUUCUUCGUUAGGAAGAAUGUCUACGGAUAGAGAUCCAAGCUACAGUGUGUUAGGUCAUCCACAUGUUAAAGUUGAAGAAGAUAAAUUUGGUAUGUAAUGCUUUAAGAGAGAAACCACGAACAAGAUAUAAGUCAUAUUACGAAUAAUAAAGACUUUAUAAAAAUA